AUGGCAGCUCGAAACAUCCUCGUCACUGGCGCGACGGGCAAGCAAGGAGGCGCUGUCAUCAGAGCACUGACCGAGAAGCCUCUGCCCUUCGAGGCAAACAUUCUAGCUCUCACCAGAAACCCCGACUCUAAGAGCGCGAAGAAGCUCGCCCAACAUCCGUCUGGGAACAUCCAGUUGAUCAAAGGCAAUUUGGACGAUGGCGACGCCAUCUUCGCCAACAUCGGCCAGCCCGUAUGGGCAGUCUUCCUCGUCACCGACGCCCAAUUCGGCAAAAAAGCUCCCGACGGCACCGACCUAGAAGUUCAUCACGGCGCCGGCAUGAUCAAAGCCGCCGACGCCAACCGAGUCUCGCACAUCGUCUUCAGCUCCGUCGACCGAGGCGGCGACGACCGCUCCUUCGACAACCCCACCAAGAUCUCCCAUUUCAUCACCAAGCACGAGAUCGAGCACAACCUGCUGCGCACCGUCCGCGACGCCCAGCACGACAUGACCUACACCAUCCUCCGCCCCACCGCCUUCAUGGAGAACCUCAAUCCCAACACCUUCGGCACCCUCUUCGCUGCCAUGUGGGCCGACAUGGGCGCCAAGAAACUCCAGCUCGUUUCUACCAGGGACAUUGGCGAGUUCGCCCGCCUUAGCCUCCAGCACAUCGACGCAGACGACGAUGACAGCCCUCACUUCCGCAACAAGGCCAUCGGCCUCGCAGGCGACGAGCUCACUCAGGCAGAGGCGAACGAAGUGUUCUGGAAGGUCUACGGGCGCCCGAUGCCGCAGGCCUGGUGGCUCAGCGGGAAGCUGCUGCAGACCCUCGUCAAAGAGGUGGGCGUCAUGUUCCAGUGGUUCAGGGACGAGGGGUAUGGCGCGGACAUCCAGGGCGUCGUCCGAAGGCACCACCCUGGAACGCUGGAUUUCGAGGCGUAUCUACGGCAAGAAAGCGCGUUUGUGCGAUGA